AGUCGAUGUCGGCAUUUUUCUGAUGGAACGGAAAGGUGAUUCUUUCUCCGUUUCUACGCUGACACGAGUUCAUAAAAUUGUUAUGGCAGAGGGCUUAUUUCUCCUGGAACAGGGAAAAGCGCCAACGCCGGAUACAGGGUGUGGGCGGAACGUAGAAAUCAGUAACAUGGGGCCUGGAAUGAGUGGCACCGUGUAGGCCAGCUGCCUGGAACAGCCGCUGGAAGGGGAGUAGCAUGUUAGCCAGUGUGGAGGUUGGGGGAGCGCUGGUGAAGUGUGGGGACUCUUUAACUUCUAACUAAACAUAACACUCGGCAUUGGAUUAAUGUAAGGAUGCAGCCGCCACCAAGAAAGCAGGGAAGCUACCUAAAAGUGUGCAAAAAUCUUCACGGUGAACAAGUCUCCAAAUUACAAGCGAAAAAUCAACAGGAAUGCGAUCUCUUAGAAGAUAUUAGAAAUUUCACUAAACAAAGAUCGACCAUAGAAAAAAAUUAUGGCGAGGCACUGUGCAAAAUCGCAGCCAACUACCAGAACAGGAAAAUUGCAUGCGUUCCGGACAUCAGACUGGAAGAUGGGUCCGAGGCAUGGAAUGUGUACAGCGUGUGGCGGACGGUACUUGACGAGACCGAAAAGCUGGGGAAAGCGAGACUGGCCGCUGUCGAGGUCUUCCAUCAACACAUUUCCGAAGACGCCAAGGUCACCAGACAGAAUAAGAUACACUAUGGCAAAAAGCUCUCAGAGCACCUGAAGGUCAUCCAGAAUGAACUCCAGACACAAGUGCAAGAGCUAGACAGGACGAAGAAGGUCUAUUACGAGGAAGAACACGUGGCCCACGACGCCAGGGAGAAAGCCAGCGCAGCGGAGGAAAAGUUAAAGAGAAAGAAAGGUUCCUUAUUUCAGUCUAUUCAAUCACUACAGAAAAACAGUGCGAAGUUUUCUGCCAAACGAGACGCCUGCGACGAGAAGUCGGCAGGUGCACGCAACGACUACCUCCUCACCUUGUCCUCCUGCAACGCUCAUCAGCGGCGCUAUUACGAGAUCGACUUCGAAAGAAUUCUCAGGACAAUGGAAUGUGAUAUGUAUGACAAAGUGGCCGAGUACCUGUCACUGAUGAGUCGCACCGAAUUGCUCACGUGCUCUGCUUCCCAGGCGUCUUACAAUAAGAUCAGGGAGCAGGCCUCUACGGUAACCAGAGGUUACAACCUGCGAUGCUACUUAACCUUCUACCCAAUGCUGGGCCAAAACAUCCAGUACGAUUUCGAGCCGUGCGAGGGAGACAGAAUCGAGAAGAUCGUCAGCCACGAUGAUUCCAGCCAGCAAGCACUCGACAACGAGAGUAAAAAGUGCGUCACCAGAAUACAAAAGGCCGUCAAGACGAUUCGAGACAAUACGAAGAAAAUCCAGAAGCUCAACAUUGCGGGCAAACCAGAGACGGAGCUACCGCCAGACGUGGAGCUCAAACUCGACGAAUUCCGGAACGCCAUACGGAAAGCAGAGACGGAUAAGUGCAAAUCCGAGUCCAAAUUGGAGACCCUUAAGGAAGGUGGAAUCGAAGUGGAAGACUACACUAAAAGCCUGGACAGCGACAGCCUGGGUGUUGAUCUUGACACGUCACUCAGCCGCUCUGGGUCUUCGCUCUCCGUGAGAGAGGAGAUCGAGGCGCAAGCGGCCGAAUACGAUGGGGAACAGCCUGACACAGACGCGGCCACCACGGGAACGGAGCCUCAAUCCAUGGAUUCAGAAAGGGAAGAUUAUACUCAGCCUCAAGAAGAUGGCUCAGUUCGCCUCUCCACAACCACCACAAGUACUACAGCCGAUGAAAUUCCAAAAGCCAGACAAGCAGAACCUGCAGCGUGGGAUCCAAUUAGUGUCGACUGGGGAGAUCCCCCGGUCACCCCGCUACCUCCGGUCACCAAUGGCCCGCCCGAGGACCAGACUACCUAUCCGAAAUGUAUUGUCCUUUAUAAUUAUACAGCUCAAAAUCCAGACGAACUUUCCAUCGUGGAGAACGAGGAAGUCGAGCUCAUGGGCGAGGGAGACGGAGAUGGAUGGGUCCAGGCCCGGAAUUACAAGGGCGAGGUGGGCUUCAUCCCGGAGAACUACAUCGAGCGGGAGGAGGACGGGGGCUCGGCCCAGGCCGCUAUCCCCAACUUCGCGACUUUCCCGGAGCCAGGGACAGAAGACAUGAUGGCGGGGGGAGGCGUUCCCAAUACUGCAGUAAGUGCUUCCCGGGGCAUCUCAUUCUCCUCCGUAGAAUACAACUUGGAGACGGAGGAAGAAGUGGCCGCACCACCCGUCUCUUUCUCGUCGAUCGAUUACAGCUUCGAGGGCGGCGAAGAAUACCAAGGGACGGAUGACUACUCGUCAGAGCCUCCUGCGGACCUGCCUCCUCUCCCACCUCCAACGGUCACGGCCCCUGCGAUGCCUAUGCCCAUUCUGUCGCUACCGACGGACUCCGAUACCCACCAUAGUUUUGGUAUGCACUGCCGAGCUAUGUACGACUACGAAGCCACCUGCCCGGAGGAGAUCACCUUCAUGGAAGGGCAGAUCAUCAAGAUCCUGAAGAAAUCCGUCCACGACGUGGACGACGGAUGGUGGGAAGGUGAAGUGGAUGGACAGGUGGGCCUCUUCCCGUCCCUGGUGGUGGAGGAAUGCCGAUCCGACGGAGAACCCCUCACGCCUGAUGUAUUCACGUUCCAGGCCAUAUCGGGAGCGUCUCCGUGCACUACGCCUCCUCCCCACACUCCUCCUGAGGUCCCCGGUUUCCUCCUGCCACCGGAAAGAGUCAUCAUCACUCAACCUACACCAGUUGCAGAGACCAUAGAAGAAGCGUUGCAACCUCCUACAGAGCAGCAGGAGCAGCAACAGCAACAGGUCAAUGGAAAUGCCGUCAACUACGACCAGCCUAACUUUGAGCUGGAGCUGAGCGGCACCCACCAAGAGCUUUACUCGAGGCAGUUCAGUUCUUCGCCUGAGAGCGAAACGACCGAAAAGGACCAACAGUAUGCCGAACUCGUUUCCAGUCCAGAUGUGUCGAACCAAGAUGGAAGCGAAGUCCCGACCCGGAAGGAGGAGGUAGAACCUUCAGCAACCACUACACCUGACGUCGUAGAACAGGAGAUUGAUGACUUUGAUUCAUCAGACAGGCGAGAGCCAUCGGCCACGACCACACCCACAGAGAAAAAAGAGGGGGUUGACCUCGAACCGUGGCUAGACGAUGUGGAUCCGGCUGCAACGCCCACUCCCGAUGCGCUCGAUGAGGGCUGCGAUUUUGAGGCUCGCGUAAUUGAGGUGUGCGUCCCUUCCGACUCUCCCUCACCUCCAGAGAGUCUUCCUCCUCUUCCUCCUCCUCUCCGGCAGGGGGGUGAGACAGAACCCCAGCAAGAGGACGAGGCGGAUCAACCCCCACCAGCUUUCACACCCCCUCAGUCUCCACCUCAGGACGCCGAAGAUGGUAGUAUUGAGCCACUUCAGGAGAAGGAGGUCCCUGAAGUGCCACCUGAGGUGACACCGGAGGUGGCCUCUGAGGAUCCCUCUGAGGCACCCCCUACUGCUGAGGCUCCUCAACAGCGGGACGCCUCCGGGAGGAAGAGCAGGGGCAGCAAAGGGUCGACGAAGAAGGAAAAACAUUCCAAAUUCCCUUUCGACGAGAGCAGCAAAUCAAGUGAUGGUCUAGGCGUUGCCCAAAUCAUCAUCACAGCUGCAACGCCAAUGGUGGAGAAUCAAGAUGAUGAUCUGGGAGGUGGUGGCGAAGACUCGAGAGCAGAGGCUGACCAGGACCCAAAUGACGACGAACCUUACCCAGAGAUCGGAAGGUCAGAGUGCGAGGGAGAAGCACUCGUUCUCGACGACGAGGGAAGGCAGCCCCCUCCUCCUCCAGCUCCUGAAGGACCCAUGGAAAUGAGAAUGGAAAUGGAAGGGGCCGAAGGAGGAGCCAGAGAUAUUGAUUCGGAGCGAUCAUCUUCGCCAAAGUCGCCCAGUCCGAGUGACGGACCCCCAGAUCUUGAUCCUGAGAAACUCAAAACAUUAGAAAGAAUUAAGGAAUCUAAUGCUUAAUGAAUCAUUUUGGGGAAAUGAGAGUCCACAGUGUUUUCUGUAAAUCAUCUAAUAUACAUAGUUGUCAUUUCAUAACAAUAUAAAACUGCACACACUCUUGAUUCCUGAAAACAGAAGAAAUGGGCUACAUGCAUUUUGGGAGUUAUGUAUUUUCAUUUAACAAGACUGCAAGUUUAAAUAUUCAUAUAUGAAUCUAUGUGUAACUGAAACAGAAGAAGGUUAACGGAAAAAAGUAAUAAUACGCGUCUGUCACUUGACGCAUAUCAGAGGUCUUCAGUAUUCACUGUUAGUCUGGGAAUUCUCUUUUCUGUGAGAUGGCAAAUGAGAAACACAAAAUAUGUCCUGUGAAAUGUUCCAGAAACAUGUUGGCGUUAGAAAUCCACCUCAGUGACGGCAGGAGUGACACAGAUUCCUAAACCUGAGAACAAGGCACACUUAUAUCCGUCAAUUUUGUAGCGUUGCUUCAAGAUGAAGAAAAUGUGAACUCAAGACGACCAAACAAUAGUCAUAUCUUGAACAAACAGUGAAGGGGAAUGAUGGAAGAAGUCACUCUCUGGCCACCACCAUCACCAGUCCAAGUUUCUACAGCUGUAUGUGUUCGUGUACUCCGGACGACCCUUCUUUCCAUGGUUACAUACAUGAUAAACUAAGUGUCAGGUGUUGAAGAAAAAAAUAUAAUCUUUGUGCAUAUCUUGACAUGAUCAUCAUCAUCAUUAUCUCUCAGUGUUUUAUCAUCUCUUAAGGCUAUGCUGUUCUAACUAUGUUUACUUGAUGAAUAUUCUGGUGUGUAACACGCAAAAAGGAAUUGUUGUAUGGGAUGACUGUUUUACUCUGUUUUCUCUUGAUAGCAAGAGAGAAAAGCCUGUUGUAAAUAUUUUAAAAGAACGUACCUUAGGUAACCACCAUUCAGAAAUUAGGUUUGUUUAUGAAACCUUUGAUCUCUCACAUAUUGUGAAGUUAUCUUACUGACUGCAACAGUUUACAUGGAAUCAUUUGCCGCUGAGAAAGUUGCUAUUUGUUGACUAGGUUAUUUUUUGAAUAAGAUAACCUUAGGAUACGAGAAUGAUUGCAGAUUUAAUGUAUGAUAUUGUAGUUCUUCAAUUCUUUGACUAGUGUGUGACUCGUAAUUUCUUCAAUGAGUAGAGAUUCGCUGUAUGUUUAUUCAAUCUAAUAUAUGUUGCUGUUUUGAAAAGUUUAUAGAAUCAGAAGUAUUCUGUUUGUAACAAAUUCAAAAGUGUACUUCUUAUCUCUCUCUUUCUCUGUCAAAUGUCUAUGAACCCUCAACAACUCUGCUAGUACAGCUGCUCUGUACCCUGGACUCUCAACUGACUUGUUGCUAGAAAUUGAAGCUGGACUUACAUCGCGUAAGGCACGUAAAAUAUCCCAUUUGUGCAUGGUUCUCCACGUCUACAACUAAUGGACUAUUGCUACCACCUCCAUACAAAUAAUUUAGCCUCUUCCUCUGAAUUAAAGUGUGAAGUUCUGCUUAAUAUAAUGCCAUUCACUUAAAAAACAAUUUCAAUCUCUAAGAAGCAUUGUGUCUCCCGAAAACUAUAAAGGGAUCAGUUUGCCAAGGUUUUUGGAUGCUACCAAAUAAAGUUAUAUUCUUUUUUUUUUUUUUUUUGCAGAGCAAAUAUCCACUAUCAAUCCAAUGUCAUGAAAGUAUUAAUUCAAUUAUGAGAAAACGGCAGAAAUCAUGUUUGGGUUAAAAGGAAGCAAAUAUCAUUAGCAGGUUAUUUACUUAGCUUAAAACCUGAUUAUUCCACAUAAUACCUGUCCUCUGAUCAAAGCUUUUGUGUUUCCACGCAAACUCAAGACAGACCUUACAAUCUCAACCAAACAAAAGUCCCGAAAAUUUAAUCUUGCUCUUUCAUGCUGAAAUAAUAUCAGUUUCCUGAAGUGCUAAGAAAUAGUGUUCUUCAAUAUGAAAAAUAGCUGGCAGCCGAAAUUCUGCCCCCUUCUUCAAAGAUUGUUCUUUCCUAUUUCCACAGUAACCGUAGUUCAUGUUGCCCUGAUAAUUGUAGCGAUAAAGAAGUCCAUUUCUUCUUAUAAAGGAAGUGCUCUUCUGUGAUUAGAAGUCCUUUUUUCAAUCGUAAGCUAAAUUCCUCUGUACAUAGUCGAAGAGAGUCCCCUGUCCUCUCUUACCAGCAUGAGCUAAUUCUUCUUACUCAGUGCACUGAAAGACCGCCACGAUUGCUAUCAAAUAUAGAGACCGUAACAAAAAGCAUGGCCAGGUUCAUAUAAUGAAGGAACCGUCCCACCUCUCGAACUGCAUUUGUAAAUGCUGAGACGGACGUCAGGAAAUUCACGGCCAGUGAAGCUCAGAAAACACCAAGGAAGAAUUCGUUUACUAUAGAGAUUCACUACCCCGUUCACUGUAGAUGGAAGUUACAUUUUGUGAAUAACAUAGAUUCGGUCUGGAUUUUGGUCAGACAAAAUAAUGAGAAAAUAAAAAUAUGUACUGGUAAGAUAUUAGGGUUUUCAUAUUUCCAAGUGCUCUUGUGUAGAGUUCGGAGGCGCCGCAUGUAAGGCGGGUUUAGUUAGUGUCCAAGGUCGUUUGCCUACGAUGACCACCGUCUCACCAGUCGCUUCCUAGUCAUGGACGUCAGAAAGUCACUAGUAUAUUUGUUGUCCGUGCUCACUUUGCAUAGGUGCACCUCUCUCUCUCUCUCUCUCUCUCUCUCUCUCUCUCUCUCUCUCUCUCCUCCCCGUCAAUCCCGGCUAACUGAAUAAUUUCCCUUGCAUAAUAAUGCUUCCUGACUUCCAUGACAAAGACGCUGCGAUGGUCAUGCUACAAGAACGACCUGGCGUCGAUUUGAGACCACACGGACGUGUGAUUACCUUCUUGUUAGAUUUGUUGUUGUGAGUAGUUUCGAACUACUGAUUAAUAAAAAAAAUAAAAAUAUUAAAUACGAAUGAUGAUAAUUUCCAGUGGCUCGUUUGCGGACACUGAAGGCUUUGUAUAACUGCGAUUGACUCACACAAACUUUAUAUUCUGAUGUACAUUUCAAAUAUGCCGUGAAAGGUAGCGGCGAGCAGAUAUAUAUAUAUAUAUAUAUAUAUAUAUAUAUAUAUAUAUAUAUAUAUAUAUAUAUAUAUAUAUAUAUAAAUGAAUAAUGAUGUGUUUAAAGUUGUUCCACAUGCACUUACGUCAGUACUGAAUGAGUGUUGUUAGAUUCGAUUCUGUAUUGGUAUGCAUGCAAUCGUGUGUAUGUGUUGUUUAGUCAAGUUAAAAUGGGAGUGGUGUUGUCAAGAUGUAAUCUAAAAUUAAUCGAAGUAACUCAUUUACCAAGAUGUACGCUAAAUCUCAAAAGGAAUAGAAGGAAAAUUAAAUUUAUAGGCACGUUUGUACAGCCGUUCGAGACAAACGAGAAAUCCUUCGUUGUAUGUGCAGUUGGAAGAUGACAGACGAUGUUUCAAUUCUCUGUUUUCUUGGAGUUAUUCAUCGGUCACCGGAAAAGUUUAAAAUCUACUAAGCAUCAUAUCAGUGGACGGCUUCGUAUCGCCGGGAAUUAAACGAUCCUCGCGCGGCCCUUAAGUCGUUAUGUCCUGCAGACGCCUAAGAGGAGAUCGCGAAAGAAUCUUUUUUUGUGUGUGUAACACCCGCCAUAUGCCGGAGAGAACCAACCCUUUCACCUCACACUGUCAGUCAGGCGACGAUGAAGUGUCCGCUUAUGCAAAGCAUCGCGUAAGAAGCUUCGAAUCGAAUACUCGUGGUACAACGCAUGGCCAUGGCAGCUGCUCCAGCUUGCUGUACAAAAGACAAACCUUUCCAUCAUCAUCCAUCGCACAAAAGAUAUAUUUACAGCCUAAAGCCAUAAAUGCCUUUUUAACUCUACCAGUGUUUCCAUUAAUACUAUUACGUUUACGAAUAGUUCAGACGCUGCUGCUGCCGCCGCUGCUGCUGCACCCGAAGGCGAUGAUGGUCAAAAGAGCCGAUUUCGAGACUUCCUUUCUUGCUUUCCAUCUUGCGCCCUGCAAGACUCCCAGCCUCAGAAUAUUAUUAUUGGUAGUUCCCUAUCUACGGUUCGAAGUAAACAGUCGAAAUGCCGCAUCUUGAUCUUGCCUGCUCUUCUGGAGGCGCUCUCACAUGUAAAACAGACAAGAGGACCAAAAUAGGUUAUCAGUUAAUUCAAUCACUUUCAUUCAUGCUAGGUUUAGGUCAUGCGUCAGCGACUAGAAAACCAAGUACUUACUAGGUAUAUGUUCUCAUAGAAAUUAACCAUUUCCCAUUUUGUCGUGGGGAUUUUAUUGGAAAGUCGAAAAUAACUGGAUCCCCAGGCUGUUGCUGUUGAACAAAUUGCACGCAGGGAAACCUGUACCAUUAAUCUACGCUGUUUUCAAAUGUGAUGUCGAAAAGAGAAUAUAUGGUUAAUAUUAAUUGUUAUGUAUAGUAGAUAUUAUAGAAUCAUUGACAAACACUUUGUUCUUUAUUGGCAUAAUUUUGUAUUAGGUGUUUAAGGAUUUCAGAGAAAGUGACACUUGUAAUAAUAAUAAUCUAUAUGUAUAUGUAUGUAUAUAUAUACAUAUAUAUAUAAUUACAUAUGUAUUCAUAUUGGUAUGUGCAUGUGUGCAUCCAUAUAUGAAUUAUAUAUGCAUGUAUACAAACACCUUAGAUGGUCUUGUGACUCUAGAGCUGCUAAUUACUGAAAAAACAGUAUUUAUUGUCACAGAAUUUCAUUUAGAAGCUGAAAUUCACUACUUGUGUAACAGAUAAAUAACAAUUAACAAACCAUAACUGUAAGUUACAAAACUGUUUUCUUUCAUUAUCACCAUCACACCUUCUCUAACAUCAUCACUCUUUCUAAUCUUACAUCCUUUCAUUCUGGCAGUUUCGCAUUUUACGAAGAUAAUUCCUUUUACUAUUCUUUUACCGUCAACGGACAUUAGUCGAUAUCCAGCCAUAACCUCUCACAAAAUCACCCGUGUAAAAGAAUUUAUUCCCCAGGCAAAUAUUCAGUGAAAAACAUUCUCCUAAUGAGCAAAAAAGCAAUGCGUUCAAAGCAGUUCACAACAGCCAGCACCUACGUAUGGCCGAUUGACAAAAAAAGUAUCACACUUUAACAAUUAAGAAUUAAUCAAAGAUCUUUAAAAAGACACAACGACCGCGAUUCACUGAAAAGGAACUUUACACGAGUUUUAAUCAUUACUGUAAACAAUGACCAACUUCGUAACAUUAUCAUCUCUCAAAAUUCUAAAGAUAAAGAAAUCCAUUCAAGAAUUUGUAAAGCGUCGACGUCUAAUAGGCUCGUAAGGUAGAUUACUCGCAAGGUAGAGCAUAUAUAUACAUUUUGAUAACUUGUAUCCAUAGCUCCUGCACAUGGAGCGGUUUUACAAGAGAAGAGUUCGUAUUUCCGGUUCACAUAUCGUAUAUAACUUUCUAUAGUAAGAACAAUGCAACUAAAUAAUGCUAAUCGUUUCAACACUGUUAAACAGAUAAAAGUAGCGGAUUCUUUCCCCUUUAUAAUGACAAUUAAUAACGUCUGAUCUUCCCUUUCACAGCCUAACUGAUACGUUCGUCAUAUAUACAAUUCAUAACCAUAUAAAAAAAAACUGGCACAAUACUUUAGAACACAGCCUUGUCAUAACUCAAAUCAUGGCUACCGACAUUAGUUACGUACAGGCAAUUCCAUUAUAGACCCUGGGGUACAAGCCCCGUAUGCACAGCCCACUCAGAAAACAACCCAGAAGUAAUAACUUUUUGCUUGUAAAACCUUCUUACGUGUCUACCCUGGGAUACAACCAUUUCGCGUACAAAAGCCUUUCAUAAACCAACAUGGGGCCAUUCAGGAUAAUACCCAAAUUAUAAACGCUUUAAAUAAGCGACCUCUUCAGCAAGUUCAAAAAGGAUUCUAUUUGUCACCAUAAGAGUUUCGGGUCAGUUUGUGCCAUCAUUUUCCCGUUAAUUCAUGCCACAGAAAACAGAACAAUUCCUAACCGUUCCCGUCUUUCUUUCAUAAAAAAAAAAGUUACAUAAUUUUAAAUAGUACUUGAAUGCAGCCUCUCGUGGUCAACGAUCAUCUGGAGAGUUCAAAGUCUUUAAAAAAGUUCAGUUUCCUCUGCCUCUCAUCGUUGUUAUAUUACAUGUGCCUCGGUUUCUCAUGCUCUCUCUCUCUCUCUCUCUCUCUCUUUCUCUCUCUCUCUCUCUCUCUCUCUCUCUCUCUCUUAGUCUGUCGAUCUAGCUAUCUGCACGUCUCUCUCGACCCUUCCCUGAUUCUAAUAAAGGCAGGAUAACAGUCGUUGUAAAGCUGUUCACUCAUUCAUUCCAUUGCCGACAUCCUCAACACCUGCAUUGUCUGCCUCAGAAUGUUGUCACUUGAUUCAUUUACCGUCACGUUUAUUCUCAGCUGUUCAGCCAAAAUCUUAUGUGCCUUACAGAUGACGGGAAUUGGACGAACUUGCAUUCAGUUAUUAUUUCAAAAAGAACUUUUACAAAAGAAAAAAACAAACAUUACAACUACUACAUUACCAUAGUCGCUACUAUUACUGCUAUUGCUAUUAUUAUUACCAUUACUGCUAUCAAUCCUAAUAACGUGUAUGUUCCUAUCAAAAUGGUGAACACAAUAAUAUCGAAAUCCCUCAGCAAUAAAAUAAGCUCAUUUUUCAUCGACUAAUUCUAUCAUCACAUUACAGACGCUGGUUGGAAAACCAGGUGUCGAAAGAUUAGUGAUUACUUCAGCUGUGAAACGAAAAACAAGGGAAAUAAAAAUUAAUGCAUAAAAAAAACUGUUUAGGGGAAAAAAACCAUAUCUCACUACAUUUCUCGGUCUCCGUUUCUUUCUCUCUGGUAUAAAGGUUUUAAAUACAGUAUCUAAAGUCUGUGGAGUAAGGACGUGUUGUGUACAGUGAAUGUGUCAAUAAAUAGGUGAUAGAA